CAGCGGCCUGCGCGCACGCAUGUCUAAACUGUCAAGUCAGUCGAUCUACAAUAUCACAAGUAGUAGCACUUAGAUCUUAAAUGUUACCACAAUAGACCGGUUUUUGACUAAAAUAUCUCACAGUAAUAUUUGUAUUCGCGUAAUUCUUAUGUUAAUCACUUAAAAAUCUUCAUUGUUCGACAAAAAAAUCGCAAAUUUUCUCACCUAAAAUCGGAAAAUAUUUACUUCUUAAACUAAAAUUGUGUUAUUUGAGUGAAAAUUGAUUGUUUGUGUUUGUGUUUUAAGUGCAAUGGGUGCUUUGGACUGUGUUAGUAAAAGUAAAAUAGCUCCGACGGUCAGUACAGAAGUUUUUACGGUUAAUAUGAGUUCGCAGUCGUCGUUAAAUGAACCGAGAAAAGACGUGGAGUCACAACUUAUAACAGAACAGAAAGGUCAAACGACGAAAAGACUGUGGUGGUUUCUGGGAGUAGACAUACCCCUUCUUGUUACUGUAUUGCUUCUCAUCGGUCUCUUCGAAUACGGAGUGAUCCCUCAUUACAAGAAUGGCUUCUUCUGCAAUGAUCCUGCUCUUUCGUUCCCGUUCAAAGGAGACACAGUUUCUAUGGAAGUUAUUGUAUCGACGAUAUUACUUCUUCCUUUUGCACUUAUUUUUAUCACCGAAAUAAUCCUUUUCGAUUCUACAUACACGAUGCGCACGAAACUCAACUACGUUUCUCGAAAAACAGCCAUACUGUAUAGAAACUAUAUUUAUGGAUUGUUCUUCAAUUUAAUGACUGUCGAAGUCAUGAAAGGCAUUACGGGUAACCCGAGGCCUACGUUUUUCGAUAUAUGCGAACCAGACACUUUAAAAACUUGCAAUGGAUCUGAAUACGUCAGCACAUUUCAAUGUACCUCAACGAGAUUUGCGAAAUGGUACCAAACAGACUCGUACCACAGCUUCCCUUCAGGACAUACCUCUCUAUCGGUGUACUGCGGAUUAUUUAUGGCUUGGUACCUCCAACAACGUGCAUUCAACUGGCGUCACCGGACCGUCUUCCUGGUCCCUUUGGCUCAGCUCCUCUGCAUCACCUACACAGCAGUCUGCUCGUUGACGAGAAUAACCGAUCACAGACAUCACUGGUGGGACGUCCUCGUCGGUGCUGGCAUUGGCGUCAUCACUUUAUUGUUUACGGUGCUAGUCAUUUGUGAUAACUUUAAGAGAAGACCGCAAAUCCUGAAAGGCAACCCAAUGACAGACAGUCAGCAUACUGUACGGACUUUAGUUUUUGACGGACCGCAGCAAUCCUCUGACCACAGUCAACCGUCCUAGAGCUUCUUCUUAGUGUUCCCAAUAGUGGAUAGACAAUCUAAUGGUUCUCUACGUAGAGAUGUUUUCACCUACGGACACAACGACAGGGUGAUUACGUAUCUCGCGACAGGCGUAAAUCUUGCAAUCACUGCUGUCAAACGUCACUUUUGUUUAUUGUAUGGAAAUGUGACGUUUGACAGCAGUGAUUGCAAGAUUUACGCCUGUCGCAAGCCUGUCGCGAGAUACGUAAUCACUCUGCGGGUGAAGAGUCACUAUGAACAGAAAGACUUGACGUUUCAAACGUGUUUACAAAGUAGGCCUAUUUGAAAUUAAUUUAUUAUGAUUUUUUUUAAUAUUCGCAAUUAGUUAAAAUGGUGGUGCCAUAUAUUUGGAAACUAUUGUUUCCCAUUUUAAAAGGGUGGCAUAAAAAGCAAUUGGAGGGUCCAGAUGCACCGUGGCUUAAUCAAAUGAAAUUGAGAUGUAAAUUUGGACAAGUCUUUUUAAUUACUACUGUUAUUUUCUACCAACUGCAAAGAUACGACAAUACAAGUGUGGACCCCCUGAAAUGACAUGAUGAAAAUAAAGGAUAACUUUCUAUACUUCGCGAAAAGCAAAAGAAUCUGUUAAAACGCACAUUACUUAGAGGUUAGGAGGACGCACAUAAUUUGAAAAAGUUUGAGGUGCGUGGUGGGGUUUGAACUUGUCCUCCCGAAAGUGAAGUCGAAGUAA